AUGCGGGGAACGAGCAACGAGGGCCAAGAAGAAGCAGAAGAGCACGAGGCCCUCGAGAAUUUGUCACUGGAAGAAAAUAACCCUGCUCCACCUCCUCCUCCUGGCCUUAUCCAUCCGGACAUCAGCUUGGGCCUAGAGCGAUUUUGUGUACCGGUAUUCAAUACGGUCGAUGACACGCGACUCACUGUCGGUAAUUUUGCUUAUACAAAUCGGGUGCUGGACAGCCAGGGAAUUUGCAAGGAGCACAGGACUGUUUUGGUGGAUGGCUGUGUAUGCGGGAGAUCGUGUUUAACUAUGGAUUGCUGUUGCUCUACAAUUCCAUAUUCUGAUGAUGGACGUCUCCCAAUGGAUCAGUUGAACUCUGAAGAAUAUAUCGCCUCGAGCAAAAAUACGGGUGUGAUAUUUGAAUGUGCCGAGGCUUGUGAGUGCUCGCUUCAAUGCGGCAAUCGCGUCGCCCAGAAGGGGGCCGUUCAUCCUGUUCAGAUUUACCGCACCGAAAAGAAAGGCUGGGCUGUCAGAACUGUGGAUGCAUUGCCGAUCGGAACGUUUGUUGGAGAAUAUACAGGCGAGUUGAAAAAUGAGGGCGAUGGCAGCGGAGAGUAUCUUUUUGAGACCAAAAUUGGAGAAAUGUCAUGUACUAUUGAUGCAAAGGUAUUUGGGAACUUUACGCGUUUUGUGAAUCAUAGUUGCUCGCCGAAUCUUUAUGCAACAUCUAUCGUUUGGGAUGACGCGACGGAACCCUACGUACAUAUCUGCUUUUUUACGCUCAACGACGUCGAGCCGGGCGCUGAGCUGACGGUCGAUUAUGGAUCGGAAUGGUGGAGGGAAAAUAUCUAUAAAUUCCCGUGCCGCUGUGGUUCCUCAAACUGCGGGUUUAAUGAGGUGGAACGGGACAAAGUGCUCAUGCUGGCGGAAGGGUCAAUUUCGUCACUC